AUGGCGCUCUCCAUCGACUACACAGGGAAGCUCGUUUUGAUCACAGGCGGAGGGCGAGGGAUUGGGCUAGGUAUCACCAAGGCUUUCGCUAGCGCUGGCGCAGACUUGGCCAUCACCUAUACAAGCCAGGACUCUACCUCACUCGCUGCUGAUCUAUCCAAGAAAUACGGCGUCUCGAUCCGCGCUUUCAAGUGCAACGUGACCAAAUCAGCCGAGAUCGAUGCGAUGAUCCAGGAGGUCGAGGCGAGCUGGGGCAAGAAGAUCGAUAUGGCAGUAGCCAACGCGGGGAUCAGCCAGUGGAAACAGACUAUUGACAGUACUGAUGAGGAUAUUGAGAAGAUGUUCGCUGUCAAUACGCUCGGACCUUUUUACCUGUCGAGGAGCCUAGCACGGUCGUGGCUCGACCUCCCGGUCUCCGUCGGACCAGACACGGUCGAUGUGUCAGAGCUGAAGGGCAAGAAGCUCGACAAGCAGAUCUUGUUCGUAUCGAGUAUCAGCGGGCUGGUAGCGAUGAGCCCGCAACGACAGGCAGCAUAUAAUGCGAGUAAGGGGGGAUUGACCAUGCUAGCUAAGUCACUGGCUCAGGAAUGGGCGCACAUAGGGAUCUACGUCAACGCUAUAUCACCAGGCUACGUUGCGACAGACAUGCUCGGAAAUGCUGCGAACGAGAAGGAGGCCGCAUUCCCAAAAGAAUGGGACUUCAGGACACCGGUCGGACGCUUCGCUACGCCCGAAGAAACGGGCGAAUUCAUCGCGGUAUUGAUGUCAAGAUACCAAGGCGGCGGAGGGUUUAUGACUGGGUCAGAUGUAGUGUAUGAUGGUGGUUACACAACUUUAUAG